UUGCUACUGAAAUCCCCAGUCGGCCAGUCGCCCAGGCUCCGCUCUCCAGUCUCCACCACAAGAGCCGCAGGAAAAAAAAAAAACUCGCCGUCGUCGAGAGAGGGCAAUGGCGCCACCGCCGCCCGUCGCGUGGGCGGCGGCGGGGGAUCCGGCGGACGCGGAGCCGCUGGAGGUGCGGUGCGCGGGGUGCGGCGAGACGCUGGAGGUGGACCGGGGCCUGACGGAGUUCAUCUGCCCGGACUGCGCCACCCCGCAGUCGCUGCCCCCCGAGCUCAUGCCGCCGCCGCCGCCGCGCCGGCGGAAGGCGCUCCCGCUGCCCCGCGGCGCCGCGGACGUGCGGGGCGCGCGGCUCCCCUGCGGCGCGUGCGGCGCGCUCCUCAGCGUGCCCGUCGGGCUGCCGCGCUGCGCCUGCCCGCUCUGCGGCGCCGAGCUCGCCGUCGACACCGCGCGGCUCAGGAACUACCUCCUGUCCUCCGCCGCAGCGGCGGACGCCGUCCCCGUUUUGCCACUCGGCGCCUCCUCCUCGGUGCCACCCAUCCUCCAAGCCCGAGAGGCACAAACAGAGCAUCCUAAUCGGCUUAUUCCAGAGCAGGCAGAAUCAGAGCAUCCUGAUUACACUGUUGAUGAAGAGGAGGUACGGGUCAGCGAGGAUAAUGCAAGGUAUAGGGAGCAGAGGAACUUAUAUUCAGGUGGCCCCAGAAUUGUUAGGGCAGAAAAUAGACAUGGAGAGCCACUAAAUCAGGUCAGGCAUCAGGCUCAAGAUCUUCCUUCCAGCCAUGCUGUUCGUACAAAGCAGACAUAUCAAGAGAGUCCAGAUCGAGUUACUGAGGCACUGCGAAAUUCUUCUAAUCCUGCACUUUUUAGGGAAUCAGGGUGCAUUUCACAUAUUAACGAUACUACCACAACAGAUAUAAAUGGCACAGCUAGGCGCUCCAUUUGCCCCAAAACUGUAAAUCUUGAGAAGAGAAACAUGCAGACUCCCAAACAGAUCAUACAGAAGCCACAAAGACAACUUCCUUGCACUGUGACAUCUCCGGAACAUGCUCGGACAGAAUCUUCAAAUAGGGCAAUUCAUGUUCAGGAAAAGCAACAGGAGCCUGGAAAUGAAGCAAACCACAGAGAAAAUGCAUGCACUCGACUGGGCGAUGAGACUAUUGCAGACAAUAACAACAGGAGGAUAACUAGGCAGUUGAUUGACCUCAAUGCUAUGGGUGCAGAGAAGAGACAGGGGCUGCCAAAUGAUGCUACACAUCAGAUGCGGAAAGAACAAUCUGAUUCUGUGAUUCACAGGGAACUGGAUAAUCAAGUAACUCGUGUAGAAAACGAACAGCCAGGACAUCACAGAGUUCACACGAGGAAACGGAAGGGUCUGAUGGCUGCAUCAAAUUCAGGUCUUCAGCUUAGGCGUAGCAGACGUUUGGCGAAAGUUUCAUCUGCUGCCAUUGACAGACAACCUGUUAUAGAUGACAAACUGACAGAAAGUGAGCCUGAUGAGCAGUGGACUGCAUCUCCAGGACAAUGUUCACCUGAUCCGUCAGAUACUGAUAAAAUCAUCAACAAUUUAUCUACUAGUUCAUCUCCUUUGCAUGAGAUUCGUCAAACAAGCUCUAAUGAGUUGGAGAACCUUCAUUCAACUCCAAUACCUUCUUCAAAUCCCAACAUGUCCAAUCCUGAGUAUUUCUCAUCAAACCCUGACAUGUCUGAUCCUAAGCAUUUUUCUUCAAACCCCGACAUGUCUGAUCCUGAGCAUUUUGCUCAUACUUAUAUUCCUAUGGAUGUUAGAAGGGCCCUUGCAAAGCUAUCAUCCAAGUCAUUGCUUCACCAUAUGAUGUCUGGGCCAAGUUCUGGUGAGUCACACCUGCAUGAUUCAAUGGAUUCAGAAGGACAGAAACUGCAGGUAGCAUCUCAGAAUAAAGGCAGACGUCCUCGUGGUUUAACUCUAUGUCUAAAGUUGUGGACCAUGCCUAAGGGCAUGCGCAUACCAGUUUCAUUGAACACUUCAGGUUUGCCUAUUGGAAAAGAAGCAGCCACAUUGUCUUCCUUUCUGGGCACAUUAGCACGGGAUGGAAUAUUGGCACCUCUUUCACAUCUUGAUUGGAGAAGUGUUCCUGAGAAAAACAAGGAUGUGAUGUUUCAUAUUGUCAAGCUCAAAUUUGACAUCGCUCCAGUUGGUGAGUUAUGGAUUGUGAAAAGUUUAGGAAGGAAGUGGAAGAGCUGGAAAUCCAUAUUAAAACAAAAGCAUUUUGAUACACAUGAAACGGAAGAGGAGCGCCUUGCUGAUCGGAAUCCUCGUGUUCUUGAAGAACAGUGGCGAUUCUUAGUUGCAUAUUGGAGUACUGAAAAAGCUCAGGCUGCAAGUGCUCGAAAUAAGGCUUGUCAGGCGAAUGUAACCACUUACCAUAGCUCAGGAACGAAGAGCUUUGCACGUAUAAUUGAAGAGGAGAGGCAACAACGGCAUAAUGAUGAGCCUACAGUUGAGGAUUUGUUCAUAUUGACUCACAAACCCAAGGAUGGGAAGCCAAUGGCGAAGGCAGCAGCUAGUACCAUUGAGCGAUUCCGUGAACAGUGUCAAAAGCCAACGGAAGGCUCGGCAAGUGACUUCGGACUGGAGUCCCGCCGAACCAGGCGACGCAGGAAGCCAGCCUUGAAGACAUCUUUGAGGGAAGCCAUGGAGGCUAAAAGAAGGGCUGAAGAUGAGGCAGCUACGCUGAGGAAGAAGUUGUUUGCUAUGGAAGAAAGGCAAACGAAGCUGCAGGAGGGUAAAGGCAGUGUGAAGGGCGCGGAUGGUCCGGUGAACUCCCCGGAGGAGCUAGCAGGUGAACCGUCACCACCUCCAGGUUUUCCACAGGUUCAAAAUACCCCAGGCUCAGAUGAAAUUUGGGAGCCAUAUCGCGAUCUCUCGGAACUGUACGAUGCUUCGUCCUAAUGCUAGAUCCCUAGGGCAUUUCCUUAGUACCACCGACAAUAGCUGCACGAAGUAAAGAACGACGGGGUUUAGCUCGCUGUUCUGUGUCAUUCUGGGUAAUGUUGGCUCCCUAAACCUCGAGUUCACUCGGAAGUCGAGAAUACCUUUGACUGUAUUUGUCAUUGGGGGAGUACGUCUCAAAGUAUUUGACCAUCGAUAAAGUCAAAAGUGCACGUAGUAAAGAUCAGGCGCUGACUGCGCUAGACUACGCCACAACGCAUCCAAACGGGAAGCAGCUUUGACUUUUUAAACCA